GGCAGGCAGGCAGGCCUUGGAAGGAGUGAUACAGUCUGUAUGUGUAACAAGCUAUCCCAAAAAGGGAACAGACACUCGUGGACCACAACUACUUCAUUAGUAUGGGAUCCUUUGGAUGCCAUUAUACUUGAGAACAAAGUAUUCAUACAGUGUAAAGACAUUGACCCAGUGGGAGAGGAGACUCAUUAAUUGAGCCCCUGGGCACUGAAAUGACCUGUUAGAGGCUUGUCUGUCUUUUAUUCAAGUGACGUGGUCUAAAUGGCACAGCAUGACUUCGCUCCAGCCUGGCUUAACUUUCCCACACUCUCAUCCACCUCUUCAAAGUACUCUUCAAAUAUUGAGAAGCAUACUGACACGUCUGCUCGCCAAGAUGCCUGGUGCAGUGCAAUACGACGACAUCACAGUUCUUCAGAGAAUUUAGACUCUGCUUUUGCAGAUUCCAGUUGGAGUAAUUUUGGAAGGAAAGAGAAAAAUGUCUGGCAUUCACAAAGCCGGAAUGGAGCAGAAAAUAUAAAUCCGCGUAUGGCAUACAGCAGUACUAGUUCACGCUUUUGCACUAGCACUUUCCACGGUGGAAAAAGUAAUCAGGAGAGCACUACUUUUGAGCAUGAGAUUACAUGGAAAGAGGAUUGGGAACGAUGCAAGCCGUUUCCAGCUAUUGAUUUUCCUUCUUAUUACCCGGAGAAUGACGUAGAACUGAGCGAAACGAAGUCUGUUACUACAAGUGUAUGGGAAUACCCUUUAAUUACCAAAUCUAGAACAUCACCAAUGCUUGUGACUAAGCAGGGUAUGAAUGAUGACUUCCCAUCAGAAUAUCCAAUUGAAACCAGUACCUAUAUUCAGCCAGCAAAUAACAUGACAGAAGCUCCUAAAACUCAAACCUCGAACGAAUCUUCUCCUGGGGAACACAAUCCUCAAUGUGAGGGAAAAAAUAUUCAAAGUGAUAUUUGUCUAGAUUCGGCUUGUGACAUCUUCAACUCAAAUGCAUCUUUCUUUGAUGGCUUUCUAAAUGUGCCGGAAAGUCGCCUGAAUGAGGGGGCUGGUGAUUUCCAUAACCAGAUGUCAACAUGCCAAGAAAGAGAAUUAGAGCUAAACUUUGAUACAGAAGAAGUAACCAAUGGCAAUUCUGUGAUUUCGGAAACCUUGUCAAGGUCUCCAAUGUUUCCUGAAACAGAUGUACUUUCAAGUUCACUGGAAGCUGAGCACAGGUUGUUGAAGGAAAUGGGUUGGCAGGAAGAUGCUGAUAAUGAUAUUUAUGCUCCCUUAACAGAAGAGGAGUUGAGGGAAUUCAAGGCCAUUAGCGAGCAGCUUCAAAAGAAUGGUCUCCGUAAACAAGGUUUCAUGAAAAACUGUCUUUCGCUUGAUUUCAAGCUCUCGUCAUGGAAAAAUGGCAAUCUUGCCACAAAUGGUAAUGAGGAGUCUGAGACCAGCAGCAGUGACACCUCUGACGACAUGUGAAGGUUUUCUUUAGUUCUGCAAAAACUGUACCACGUUUGAUUCUAAUUGUACUAAAGCCUUGUCUUGCGAUCUCGUAAUGGCUCACUUUGGCUGAGUCUCUGCACCCUUUCAUGUAUUUAUUUUCAAUUUUUUUACACCUGGAUUCUCACUCAGGCUUAAGUCUGACAUAAAUUAUAUACUUUAAUUCCUUCAUCUCUCUGAUUAGCAGUGUGACACUAACAAUUUGGGGCUACUUCUUGUUUGACUUAUCCGGUUUUGUAGUAUUUGCCAAGGUGUUUGUGUUUUUUUUUUUUUGUUUUUUUUGUUUUUUUUUGUUUUUUUUUAAGCUUGACUCUUGAAAUCCAAUCAGAUUGUUUUUGUGCUAAAUGUUGGAUGUUUUUGUUGAGUCUAUGCAACAUAACUAUUUGCAAUUAUGCAGGUUAAAAGCAUUUAAUUUCUACACUUCACAAUUAAGGUUAUUUGGGUUGUUGCAAAAGCCUAGAACUUGACUAAAAAUGUUGUUAAAAAUAAAAUGUUUUGAUAUUAA